GUAAAGGGGGAGUUGGUAAAAGCACUUUCACGGCACAACUCGGAUUCGCUUUUGCCAGCGAGGAAAAUAUCCAGAUCGGAGUGAUGGAUAUCGAUGUGUGUGGGCCGUCAAUUCCAAAGAUCAUGGGGUUGGAGGGUGAACAGAUCCAUCAAAGUUUAUCAGGAUGGUCACCGGUCUAUGUUCAAGAUAAUUUGGGUGUAAUGUCAAUUGGAUUCAUGCUGUCCAAUCCCGAUGAUGCCAUUAUCUGGCGAGGGCCGAAAAAAAAUGGAUUGAUCAAACAAUUCCUUAAAGACGUGGAUUGGGGAGAAUUAGAUUUUAUGUUGAUUGAUACACCACCUGGAACAUCAGAUGAACAUUUAUCAAUCACACAAUAUCUCAAAGAAAGUGGAAUUGAUGGAGCGAUCAUGAUCACAACACCACAGGAAAUGUCAUUACAAGAUGUUAGGAAAGAGAUUGACUUCUGCCGAAAGGUCAAGAUUCCAAUUCUAGGAGUUGUUGAAAAUAUGAGCGGAUUUAUCUGUCCCAAUUGCAAGGGGGAGUCCAAAAUAUUUGAUCCGACGACCGGUGGGGCAAGAAAAAUGGCCCAGGAAUCUGGGAUCAAAUAUUUGGGAUCAAUUCCCUUGGAUCCUAGGAUCGGAAAAGCGUGUGAUGCUGGUUUAUCAUUUUUGGAUGAAUAUCCGGAUUCACCAGCUUGCAAAGCAUACCUGAAUAUUAUUACAGAAAUCAAACAGAAACUCGUGAUUUAA